AUGAAUACACAACGAAAUUUAGCGUCAAAAAUUUCUAGCUCUAAUAUAGUGCUUGGCGAAGAUGGUAAUCUAUGGACCUUUGAACCACAUUUUGAAAGAGGUCGUCUGCUUCCCAUUAUGAGCAGUGUUCGACCGAUCUCUUUCACAGCUGCAAAACUGCUAUGGGACCCAGAACUAAAUCCAUCUUGUCGAACUCCUUUGUAUCGAGUUGAUGGCAUUGUAGAGGGGCGAAACGAACCAGAUCCAGAUCCAGUAGUUGAUCCCAGACGCCCUUUGCACUUUAGGAAUUUUUGCAAGAAAGCGGUUGUCGAUCUUCCGAUCCCGAGUUUCAAGAUUGACUUAUAUUACGUGGGUGAAAAACCAGAAAAAGAGGUCACUUUCUCGAAUCUUAAUGAUAACAUCACAUUUAAGAACCUAGAAGACAUGUGUCGUAAAUUCGGUACGAUUAUAGAAGCUAAAAUCUACUAUCAUCCAAAAUCACAAUGCCACCUUGGUAUCGGAACCGUUGUAUUUACAUCCUCUAAAAGUGCAAGAGCUUGUGUGGAACAUCUUAACCAGACAUCAAAGAUGGGGAAUAUAAUGACCGUACAGGUGGAUCCUUUUGGUAAAAUUAGAGUCCGGUUGAUUGCUGAACAAAUGGCUGAUCUCCUGCCUUCAAACUCUUGUGAUCACUUCCAACUUCCAGAAAAACCUUUUGCUAAUCAGAUACACAGUCACAUACCUUCUGAUUUCUCAUCACAAGGUUCCUCAAAUUGUGAAGUUUGUCCACACAAUCCCACUCCACGUCAGUCUCAUACAUCCGCAAACCUUAGCGAUCACAAAGCGGUUGAAACUUUGCCACAACCGCAUUGCAUGACAACGUUCAAGUCUCACCUGUUUUUCAAAGCAUCUGAUAAACAGGAAUCGGACUUAAAAACACAUUUACGUCCUGAAAAGUCGGCAUGUGUUUUGAACAACGAUGAUAUUUCAGAAAUAUCUUGUGCCGCUACCCACUGGCAUCGAGAAGCUCCGUCUAAUUCAAAUAUUGGCAAAAGUACUUCAGGUUUUUUAGUAGACCAACAUACAAUGGGACUUGAAGCCAAUACAUGUGUUUCUAAAAAGCUUUCUAGCCAACAAGAUGAUGCAAAACUUCAUGAGUCCCGUUAUUGCGAAGAGUCUCUUGAAGCUCGCAUACAAAAAUUGCUUAAACUGAAUUGUGUAAAACCAGUUCCUGAGUUAAAACAUACUCAGAAUACCCCAGUCGUUUCAGAUCAUAACUCGAAAGUCACUUGCAAUCUUUCAGUAUCUUCAGAAGCAUGUAUUUCGACCAAUGUACGUAUCAAGUCGGAUGAUUUAAAACGGUUUGAAAGCCCUUCAAAUCAAGUGGUUCAGAAGGGAAGCACGCCUUCUGAUUCAUCGAAAAAUAUACGAGUAGUAACAAGCCCGUCAUCCAACCGUCGCACGCUUUUACCUACUCCGGAUGGCUCACUUGAGAAUACCAAGACUUCUUUGUUCAACCUUCAUCGUCCGCCUCUCCUAAAAACUCCUUACAAACCAGUGGAUGUUCAGGAAGUAAUAAAAAUAAUCGAUGACGUUCAUAUGGUUUUUGUGGAUGAGUUACGAGGAAUCAUACAUCGGGAUAUAACCCGAAAGCUUGUUGAAGGUCAGGCAUUUAAAUUGUUUUCCGAUUGGUGGGAUUCAAGAGAACAAGACUACAGACAAAAUCAUGUCAGUAGUCAUCACAAUACUAAAGAGGAGAGUGUGGGUAGUAAUUAUGUAGACCAUCCAACCACAUCUCAUGAUUCUACCGUUCCAUCACACCAGAACCAAAGUGCUAGUGGGAAUAUGUCUAACUUUUCAUUUGCUCCUACUUCAGUUUCUUCUAGUAUUCCUGUAUCAACUAUGUCUGACAAUAAUUCUGUAUCUUCAAACUUUAAACUUUUUGGUUUGGGUAUGUUUACAACCUUAAGAUCUGCUUUGCCAAAAAUUAAACGCAAACCUCGUCCACCUAGUCCUGAACCCAUAAGUUCAAACACAGUAGCUUCCACAUCAAAGACUGAGUCUCUUGCUAUCUGUCAAGAUGAACAAAUGUAA